UUAGCCACUCUUUCAGAAGAUGCAAGAUUUAGUUAUGAACAAGCAAAAUUAUUCCAACAUAGGCAUCCACCAGAAAGUAUACCGACUGAUAUUACUUUAUCUCAAUACGUCAGUAUUCAAGAAAAGGGCGUAUCAGCCUUUGAAUUUGAAUGGGAUAUAGAAACACAGACUCUAGUAUCUGCUAGAACUGAAAUACAGUUUUUGGACGGUGAAUGCUGUGUACAAACUAAUCUGCCUUUGCCCAGAAAUCAAGAAGUCUAUUAUUGGGAAGCAAAGAUGUUUGAAAAACCACCGACGACUAUUGUCUCUGUGGGGGUGGCUACAAAGCCAUAUCCUUGUUGGCGAUUACCAGGUUGGAAUAAGCAUUCUAUUGGCUAUUUUAGUCAUACAGGAAAUAAACACUUUAAUAAUCCUUUUGUUGGUAAACCCUAUGGAUACAUGUAUGAAGAAGGUGAUGUUAUUGGUGUUGGAUAUCGUCACCGUACAGGCACCUUAUUUUUUACAAGAAAUGGAAGAAAAUUAGAAGAGGCUUGUUUUGGUUUGAGAUAUAAUUUAUUUCCUACAAUUGGAGCCAAUGGACCUUGCCAAGUACAUGUUAAUUUUGGUCAAAUAGGUUUCGUCUUUGUGGAAGCCAAUGUAAAGAAAUGGGGAUUAGCGCCUGUUCAAGGUACAUUAGCACCACCACCUGCUUAUGGAUAUGAGGCUGGAUCCUUAUUAUUAGAAAGAGGUGAAGCAAGCCAUCUUUUAGAAUGCAGUCAUAAUGUGUUGAAU